GAAAGCAUGUCUAACUGCAUACAUGAUUUUAAAAAAUCAUGUAUGAUUAUUAAUAUGCUGAAAGUUGUAUAAAAUCUCUUUAGACAAGGUUGAGUGGUGGAGACUCCCCAGCGCUGGUGGUAGCUGAACUACAGCUGUAAGACCCUGCCAAAAAGCCUGUGUGGAUCCUUGGUAAAAUGGAACCUAUAUACAAGCUGAAGAUUUUUGUGAUGUUUCUAUCUCUAGCUACUUUCACAGUCAUGGUGAUAUUGAAUGCUGGAAAUGCCACUGGUAUAUUCAAAGGUCUGUUCAGGACAACCCCUGGAAACAUCUCGGCAAAAUACAACACUGACUUCACACCAGCUGGUUGGACUUUCCUCAUCUGGAAUGUCAUCUAUGCCUGGCAGCUUGCCUGGCUUCUCUACACCUUGUCAGGGAUCUGUCGAAGGAAUGAACUUGGAUGUGUCUACAUAAAGCCAGACUUGUUGCCAAUACCUUUUUACAUGGUGUGGAUUCUGAAUAAUGGCCUCAAUGUUGGAUGGCUGUUCCUGUGGGAUCGAGAAUACCUCAUCCCAGCCCUGGUGUUCCUGGCAGCCCUCACUCUUACCACGUAUGCUGCCCUCUUCAUUUCACACAGAGUGUUGAGCAUCCAUUCCUCAUGGCUUGUGAAGGGUCACAAAGCUGAGCUCUGGCUCAUCCGCAUCCUAGUCCAGAAUGGGCUGGCGCUAUAUGCAACGUGGACCACCAUUGCUACUCUGCUGAACUUUGCUGUUGUGUUGAUCUACAAAUGGAACGUGUCUAACGAGACAGCAACAACUGCUUCUCUAAGCAUCCUUACUCUCCACCUUGUAAUAUGGUUUUAUCUAGAAAACUUCUUUCUUGACAAGUAUGUCCGGUAUACCCUUACAAUCUACCCAGUGGUCAUAAUAGCUUUGACUGGCAGCGCAUGUAAGAACUUCUUGUUUUCAUCCCCAAGGACUAAUGGCAUUUUUAUAGUUGUGCUGCUGGCAAUUACUUGUUUGAUCUUUGCUGUUCGACUGGGACUAGUCAUGUGGAGACACUGUAAGAGACCACUGGAAGCAGCAGAAACCCUGGACCCAUCAGGCACAGUGGCCUGAGACCUCUGGCAUGUUGCAGCAGAUACUGUAAAGGGGAAAAAAAGAAUUGGGCAUCCUGCAUCCACUGGUCCUUCUAGUAUCAAUGGCCUUGUGUUCUUCUCUAAUUAUUUCUUUUCCUCUUUUUCCAUUCCAAAUGAGGGUGGCUUGUGUAUGCAAACCUGUCCUGCUCCUAUGUUCCCUCAGAUUGGCUAGUCACAGACCCACCUUUAGUCUGUACCCUCCUUCACUUAUUUUGACUCUGGAUCAGUGCAGGAGAGAGUCUUUCAGCUGAACAGCCCUGUGCACCUUUGUUGGCACAGACACUUGUUCAUAUUCUUUCCCUGAGAAUUCACUUUUCUUGAAGUGCAGCUCUAAGUGAACUGUCCCUGGGAGUUAAAGGUGAGCAGCGUGAGGUCUGUCGUUCCUUUGGCCAUUUGGUGCUGGGUAUCUGCAAGCUACUGUGGUGUGAGCAGAUCUGUAGGCAGCAACCUCUCCCUUUCCUGCUUUUCUUGAUCAUGAUGAGAACAGAUGCUGCAACUCUAGAGAUCUACCUUGGCAGCAUCAGCUCUGAUGUUUGAUAUCCAAGAGCAGAAAAGUGCCUAAAUACUUCUGACACAAUUGCGAGUCUUCAACCUAUUUCAGCUUGUAGCUCUAGAAAUGGAAGAUACAUUCAUGUUUCAGCAUACAGUAAGAUAUCUGGGUCUCUGCCCUGGUUUUUCUUGACUUCCUCAGUCACUGUGUCAGCGCCUCUGUGGACCUGCAAUAACAGCAGAUCUGUGCUGUUGCUGCUCUGCCUGUAAGAUGGAUGAGAUCUGGGUCAGGUGGGACGGUGGGUUGCCUUUCUCUGAGCUGUGCAGAGCAAGCAGUGCACAGUUUGUGCUGGCUGGAUGCCUCCUGCUGGGGGAUGGUUUGUAGCUCCUCUGGCAGGAGGUUAGAUGUACAGGCAAGAUGAUAUGUGAUCUGGGGUAAAGCCUACUGUUUGGAUUUGGGGUCCAGGCAAGGUGAACAGUUGGUGUGAAGCUGUGCACCAGUUAAUGCAGGGGGAGCCCUGGAAGGUUUUGCAUCCUCCUAAGCAAAAGCUUCAUACACAGCUCCUGGGCCAGAGCAGCUGCACUGCCUUUCCACAGGACAUUAAAGACAGACACUGAGAAAAGCCCCUGAGGACUUUACCUGAUGCCUGCAUUGGCCAAAUGACUAGAAACUAUACCACAGGAUACAAUUAAAGCAUUAAUUAGCUGGCAAGAGUUGACAGGGCUUCUGCAGAGGGGAGUUAUGUCUCAAACCUCUGAGGUCUCUGAAGGACUCAAAGCACAUAAUAGGGUGAACUGUUUUAUAUUGCUCCUGGCCUCUAAGAAAACUUAACAGCUAUGGCAUAAAAAGGCAAUGUCCUCCUAUAAGUAGGUAGGCAAUUAAAGCUGAGGAAAAGAGGAUGUCUCUCUAGGAAGGCAGGUUGCUGGUGGUAUGUUAUGAGACCUGGGCUGCGUAAUGUAGUCAUUAACUGCCUGCCAUCAAACUAUGCCUUGGGUUUUAUUUAGGAUGCUAAAGGAGAAGGUUGACUGGGAAAUAGCAUAAAAGCUCUUAUAAAACAAAGUGAACAGUGCAAAUGAUGGAUAAAAGUCAGUGCAGGUAUGUACUAAAGGAUACAUAAGGGGAAAAAGACUGAACUUUGCCUUUCAAGUGACGUGCUGUGAGCUGACCUCUGCCACUUGGGUGGAACAAGAUUAUUAAGGGCUUGGGAAAGGUUUGGAGAAGAGCAAUGGUAUCAGGGAGUGAGAUGUUUCUGUGCCCAUCCAUGUACCUGAGAGCCGAGGAGGAGUGUGAGCCCCUCUCCUGUGGUGCCUUGCCACGUGCAGCAUGGGGCCAGGUGCUGUUCUUCACCCUGCUCUUGCCAUGCCCGAACAGCCUGCAAGGAGACCUUCAAAGGCAUUUUCCUGAGUGAUGAUGAGGUGCUGCAGCAGCACCCUGUUAAUCUUUUGCAGACCUCCCUGUGAGAAAGCCCCUGACAACUGCCCUGAAAUGAUUAGGCUGAGCUAGCCCCAACCCUGGCCACCCACAAAUAAGAUCCUGGCUUCAAACCCCCUCCAAGUACUGUUUCCACAGAGCUGGAGCAGGCGUAGCUCUAGCCAGCUUUGGGAAAAGUGGCUUUCCUUGCAUAUGCAGCAGGAACAGGAGCCUAAAAAUAUCCUGCCCCUUUUUCUUUUAGCUGGAGGAUGGGAGAGAAGGAUGAGAAGUAAGAGUGAACCUUCCCCUUCCACCCUUGGGCCUAAAGAGAGCCCCAAGGCUAUUUUUAAAGGCCUCUCUUGGUUUUUUUUUGUUUUCCUGAAAUACCUUAUUUUCAUUUGUUUUCAAAACCCACUGAUACAUGGUUUUGCCCACAUGAGAUUUUCUUUCAGCAAAGCUGCAUUUCAUGAAGCUGGAAGCCUGCCACGUUUUUAGCAAAAAUAAUUGGUACAGCCUUUGUUUCCAUGAGAGAUUAUAGGAUUUGGGUGUUACUGGAUUUAAAAUUUCUUGGAAAGCUGGUGGCCUUAAGGAAUCCAAAGCCUGAAAAAUUAGUUUUGUUUCUGAAAAGGCAAUUUGGAGCCUUGGCAAAUGUUAAUGGUGUCUCAUAGUCCAGCCCUCCCUGUGGGGCUGGCAAAGGUAGGCAUGAUGUGGUUCCUGGGACACAGAGGCAUACCUUGUUUAUUUCUAAUGCCAAAAACUGGGUUUACACUUCUUGCCCUCUGAAGGGAUUCAGGCUGUGGCUAAAUGGGGGAGGGGGGGAGGGAGGAAAUAUGGAAAAGCAGGGUGAUCUGUAAACCACCAUUGGGUAGACAACCCCAGCGUUCAGUCCAGGGAUGUUUGGGGAUGCCCCCUUUCCCCAGCUGGGGCCAGAUCCUGCCCAGGCUCCCUUGUGCUCUGUGCCUGGCAGCCUCCACCCAAGGAUGACCCAUCAGUUUAGUGAUAUUUUCUCCAGAGGGCUGAAUCAGCUGGGUUUGAUGUAGCUCAAGCUGAGACACAGUUGUUUUCAGUAAAAGAUCCUGGGAAAAUCUGAUUUAGAAGAAUGUUGAAUGGAAGAAGUUGUGGGUCAGGGAAAGUAUGUAUUUGAACUGAGAAAGCUAAUGUCUUAAUUCUAAAGGAAUUUUUAAGAAGGGGUUAUAAGACUCUGGAUCAGGCUUUAAUGGCCCAUGUGGCUUCCAAAGAAAAACAUGCCUUGCUUCUCAUUAGGGGUCAGUCGGCUCCUCCUCAGCCACCAUGAGAGUGGAGGAGAUGCUGGGAUUGGGUCAGGCUUCUCUUCAGUACCUUCCACCAGCAGCAACAUGCUUUGGGUGGUGCACCCCAGAGCCUGCCCUGCCUAGAGCCCUGGGGCACCGUGGUGCUCUUGGCUAUGGAACGCAGGCAGAGUGUAGGCAGAAGGCUCUCCUGCCAGGCUCUCAAAAAAACCCAGAGCACCCAGGCAGAGGAGAUGUUGUGUUAUGACCUAAUUUGUUCUUGUCUUGAUGCUACUCUCAGUACUAAUUAUGUUAUAUUAAAGCAUAUUAAAGAAUGGAUAAAUUGAGCCUGCUGGAGAGAUGUUACAUCAUGAUGCAAAGCAGAAAGCAGGAUUGCCUUUCAUCUGUAAUUUGGAGCAAUUUUGCAAACCUAUUGCCUAGCCACAGCCUGGGGCGGUGAUGCUGAGGUACGGGUGCAAGUCUACGUGGACAAGACUCUUGCUGGUGCCUUGUUACUUCUCAAGGCAUCUCAUGAGAGGAGUGUUGGUCUUGGAGAGGGAACACAAGCUAGGCUAGCUCAAAAUGUCCUCUCAUCCAGCCCUCACUUGCUGCACCUCCAUUUCCUUAUCUGUAAAGCAGAGAUGAACAGGACAAACCUCUCUGCAGAGGACUGUGAAGAUCUCCACAUAAAAGCGCUGAAUACAUAUGAUUAAAGGCAUUGGCAUCCUUUACUGUACACACAGACUAAACAUGCUUGGGCUGUCCCAGGAUCUUUGAAAACUGUUAGAUGUUUUCAAGCUAAAUAUUUAUUUUAUCUGUGUAGAGCUGGGACAGCCCCAUGUCAGGAGAUUAGCUCAGUUCCCUCUGUCAAAGGCAUCUCAGCAAAGAGUUAGGGGCUCAGGCAGGACUCAUGCAUGGGUUGAACAUGUGGGAAAAAAAUGCUGUAGCAGCCCAAGAGCCUGACCCUGCUCCCAGCAGAGCCAGGGCAUCAGCCAGCACACACAUUGGCUGAGUGAUAGUGAUGGGCAUUCACCCACUAGAAACUUUGACUCAAAACCCUUGAAUAGCCACACAAGGAUGCUGUAUUUUGUCUCUCCUCUUUGGGAAGAAAGGGUCUUGAAGACCUUUGCCCAGGCAGCUGGUAAAAUGUGAUGUUUAGCCAACUGAGAAGGGAUGUUGGCUGCUCGGCAUGGGACAGAUUUGGGUUAGGGAGCGCUGGAAGUGACAGUGAGAUUAACUAGUAACUUGGUUUGUCUCAAUGUUGCUCUAAUAAAAAGGUGACCUUAAAAAAAAAAAAAAAAGACAUUACUGGAAAGUACUUAGCUUAAGUGACCCAUGACAUGAAUUAUUUUCAUCUGAGAGAGAAAAAAAAUAUUGUGUAUUUGUGUCUGUGGUUGCUAUUGCUUUCCUUGGUGACAACACAUCUUUUGCCAUGUAUUUUGUGGGGCUGAGAGAGGAGCAGAGGGAUUGAGCAGAGAUGUCCAAGAGCUGUGCCAGACUGGCAUAGCAACCAGAAUAUGGGCUUCUUUGCCCCAAUGCUUUACCUUAAUUGUAUUAGAAAUAGCAUGGAGAAAAGGUCUGCAUGCUGCCAUUGCUUUGGCCUGUGGUCCCUGCCAAAAACGUGGCCUCCUGGGACACCCGUUGUGUGUCCCCUCAUUCAGGGGGCACCUUGGCCCCUGCAAAUGUGUU